UCUUAUCCUCUUAGCUCCUCACGAUUGAGAGCCUCGGUAGAAAGUCAGUCCACUCAACAGGUUGCCAGUAACUCCGGCACCGCUCCACCGAAAAAUCCUCAAGAGAAAGCAUAAAAGAACCAGAGAAAUAUACAUUGAAACUAGCAUGUGGCGUCUAAACUGUUGCCAAAAGGACGUCUUUGGAGGAUUCUAGAGGACCUUGUCUCAUCACCCACCCGCCAGGCCGAUGGAUUUACACGUUGGCUUUCACUUGUGCUCCUGACGAAUGUUUGAUUUUUUAACGUUUUCUUGAUUCAUUUUUUAGCGCAAAAAUGGGCUGCUCUCCAUCCAAAGGAAAGUUAUUUUCAAAGCCAGAAGGCCCUGGAUCUCAACAGGCUCCUCUGGCUGAAGAACAACAAGACGGAUCUCCAAAUGCUCUGUUGGCUGAAAUUCCCCAAGAAGGUGUUGGGUCUAGGCCCGAAGAAGAGGAGGGCGAAUGUUUUGAGACUCACGAGAAAGAAAAUGAACUACCUCUACUCACCGAAGAACAUCAUCAGUUGACCUCCGACACAACGGGGGGCCAAAAAGCUGAGUACGUUGAAGAAACCGAGGCCAAUGCGAUACCCCAAGACAUAACCAAUGAGGUUGCAAAAACAGACAAGAUCAAGAAGUUUGAGAAAAGAAAGAAAAGUAAGGGCAAGAGAAGGUCUGCCGAGAAGCAAAGAAAAUCCUCUAUCGUUCAGGCAAAGUUUGACUUCCCGCCGCCCAUGGUGAGGGCUCACCAGGCAGCCUACGCUUUUCUGAACCCGAACAUUUCAAAAUACGAAGCCCUGCUGGGUCUACUGGACCAGGCCGCCCAGACACAGCUGUCCCUCCAGCCCACGGUGUCUGCUUUUGUGCUGCACUUCGAGGAGAUCAACCAGGCUCUAGAGGAGAUGGCUGAAGAGGGGGAGCUGAUGUUGAAGGAGCACGGGGACUACAUGUCUCUGCCUUCUGGGAUGAUGGGCCCGGCUGUUAUGCUAGCUAAACCCAGGCUUGACUCAGCCAACCCCCCUAGUCCACCUCCUGAUCUGUUACAGCAGCUGCUCAAGCAUUCAACAGAGAAAAUGAAACUUGUGGGGGGCUCUGUGCAGGCACUGGGUGACACCACGCUUGAGGAGGCGGUGGAGUAUUUUUCUUCUCUUUCUCAACUGCUGGUCGAGAAGCUGCAGGCCAAGCAGGCAGCCGAGCAGAGGCUCACGCUAGUGCUGACGCGGGUGCAGAAGGCCGCCACGUGGAAGUUGAACCCUGAGGAUUCGGCACUGCACAGUGAGGACAGCGGCAUCGGCGGAGAAAACGAGAGUCUGACAGGGUCAGAAAGGCACCGCCGCCACCGCGGGAGCGCCGGAUCUGGAAGUUGUGGAUCUGGGAGCAACAUUCGUGCCGCACUCGAUACGCUUCCCGGUAAUUUACUUAGCCUGGCGGGCUAUAAUGAAUAUGAUGAAGACGAGGAGGAGGAGGAGGAAGAUGAAGAUGAAGAGUAUGAGGAUGAUGAAGGUGAUAGACCUGAAAGGAAGAGGUCAAACUCUUCCCCACCGGAUCCCAGUCAGUCCUUUAUUUUCAUGUGUGCAAAUUACAUGAAGGAUCAGCAGUCUUCAGCCGAACGGCCCCUUACUGCGGUCACCUCAACCAAAGACUCUUCAUCCACCAGGUGUGUGAACAUCAUGAUGGACCUACAAAAGAGCCAGAAGAAUUUAGAUCAACGAAUGAAAAAUAUGUGUGAAAACCGAAAGAAAGGGUUAGCAGGGCCUCAUCAUAACCUUCAUAGAGCUGGUCUACGACGGCAUUCAAUAAGUGGAUCAGCAAGUGCACAAAGAGGCCCCUUCAGAUCAGACCAAUCACUUGGUACCUUACCAGCAUUGAGACCCCAACCACCCAAGCUCCAAUCUGUCAGAAGACUGAUAAAUACCUUUAGCCAAGGCGUUGACGGUAGACCAGGGCAGAGCCUGGCUAAUAUUCCACCUCAUAUCAGGAGGUCCAGAAAAUGUGGGAUCAUUCGGUCAUCCAACACGGUAAAAAGCAACGAGGAGGGGUUGGUCAUCAAUGACAACAACAACAAUAACAGAUGGCCUGAAAGCAAGGAUGACCUUGAUGUGGACAACCUACCACCUCCGCCCCCAGAGGUUCUGAUGGACGAUUCCUUCCAGAGUACCGAGGACACAUCAGGAAACAAGGAAAGGUCACAGGAAGGUUUAGUCCUCCCAAUAAUAAACCAAAAGACCAAAGUUAGUCAGCGCCUCAAAGCGUCUGUGCAGAAUGUAGAAGUGCUGCCAAACCGAGCCAGCAUGAAGCCACGAUUGAUCAGCAUCUUACCUGCCAGACAGGAUGCCGCGCGACAACGAGAAACUGAUCUGAAUCAAGAAACAGAGAAGGCUAACUGUCUCUACCAGCAGGCACGUAAGAUGAUUCAACUGAGCAAUGCAGGAGAAUCUUACAACAAGAGAGAUACUACAGAGUUAAAAGGCAGGGGACCUUCACCCCCUCAAGACAGAGGGGGUCGAAGAAGUGGAAGCCAUGAAUUCCAUGAGGGUGAGAUGCCCUCGCACAGCCUGCCUGUGACAGCGCCGCCUGUAUCCAGAGCCCGCCUUCCACCAUCUUAUCCUUCUGUGUGCCACAGAUUUCCAAGCCCUCCUGCGUUCAGACCUUCGUCGUCCUCCAGGCCCUCGUCUCGCCCAAGUUCUCCAAAGUCUGUGGCACGUGAAACAGACAACAACACGGAGGAGAUCAUUCCGUCCGUGUCCUUUCAUGACGCACGCUCGGUUUUCUGUCGAAAGGACUCACAGAACUCUCAGACCUGCGUUCCCCCCGGAAGCUCUUUACUUCCCAAACCAUGGGGUGAGGCCCCCCGGGGGAGGCUUCACGCGAGGGGGAUAGACGACCCUACGCGUCGCACCCAAUCAGAGCAGAGGCCUGGUUGUUCCCACGCCGAGUUUUCCAAAGACGACUGUUCAGCCCAUACCCGGGUCAAGGGGAAGGAGCCUUUAACCACAAAAUAAAGGCCCCCUGAUGACGGGAGACGACGGCCAGUUGGACCCAAGUGCCACUGUGACAGCAGUCGAGAGCCCAGCUGUGAUGGGUCAGGGUUGCUUACGGGAAUUAGGUGGGAGGGAAUGGUUUAUGGAUUAGCAGAAUUCUGAGGUUAGACCCUUUCUCUUUCCAAAGAGGUUUGUGCUGAGUGUGUUAGUCAAUUAAUAAUAUGAAUUCAAGUGCAUGUUAAGCUCUUAAACUUUUCUGUUGAAAUGACUUCUGGGAAAUUGGUAUAUGUUUGUUUCUAAAGACAUACUUUAUCUAAAAUAAUACGAUGAAUCUAUAAAUACCUUAAUUUUUUUUAAAGUUAUUAAAUUUGCGAUUGGAGCCCUAGUGGUCCUUCCAGCUCCAUCUCUAACCCCAAAACUGGGAGGAAAAUGUGGCAAACAGGGUUGUUUUUAGCUGCUAUACUUUAACCAAAGAGUCUGCCAAUAAUUUAAAAAUGAUAAGAUGGACUCAAAUGUUUUUGUAUGUAUUCUAUUCCCUGUUUGGACGGUUUGAACUGGCUACCCAUCUGUGUUAACCAUGUUUUCUACCUCAAAGUUGUCCCAUUAAAAAUACAAAAAUAUA